AGAUAACGGGACUCUUCAGAUUAGAAGCAACCUAAAACACCAUGACGCACAUUUGUAAAAGUUUAUUCACAUUCACUGCAGGAGCACCGACGGGUCAUUCAAAGAAGAGGCACAAACAAAGCCGGACCAAUUCCAUGGAUGAAAGAAAGUCCUCUCGUAUGUAUUUUAUUGGCAAGAAAGAAGAUCUCAUUCAGGCAAAGAGAACGAGUGUGACCCUGGACGGAAGAGAUAUACUCAUUGUAUACCAUCAGAGAGUUUUCUAUGCAAUGGACCUGCAAUGUUACCAUGCUGGCAGUACUUUGUUGAAUGGAGAUAUUGAGGAAAUCAGCAACAAGCUCUGCCUUGUAUGUCCAAAGCACAAGUAUAAGAUCACUCUGGCGGAAGGUGAGGGGUUAUACAGGGUCAGCAACCUUGCAGAAAAAGUCCCUACCCGGCUGUGGUAUUCCAAAGGCGUCAAACAGAGAGUGCACAAAGUGACUGAAGUGGACGAAGACAUUUUUGUGACGUUGUCCGAUUGCCCGGGGUGGAUUGAGUCCGACUAUUAUCAGACUGAGAAAGGCAGGGAAGAACUUAGUAAAGCACAGGAGUUGGAUAGCGAACCAGAUCCUGAUGCAGAUGAAGACUAGUUUAGUUUAGGCAGUAUCUAUGAGAUCAUAAGGGAACUGCAUCUAUAGGAUUGAUGACUUCAGAGUCAUGAAAACAGUGCGAUAUGAUAUCAUGAAUCAAAAUAAUGCGAUGCUCCCCUAUUUUGUAAGUAUCAAGAUUUUACGCACACUCAGUACAAUGAGUCAUUGUAAUGCUAAUGAUUUUUGUACACACAUUUUCACCCUGAAAACACAUUUGCAGGCUGAAAAUAAAUGCGCAUCUGACAUUGGACUGUGAGCGUAUACAAGAGGUACAUUAGUUUUGUUUUUGUCAUUAGCAAAUGUUCAUUUGUAAGUACCAGUGUCUCCAUUGUAAUAUAAUA